AAUUGGGUGCGUUCUCUUGUUCGUUGUAUUUGUUCGCUUUUCGUGCUUUUCUUGGCCAUUCCAAGUGCAGAACUCGUCAUAGCACACAGUCAUAAUCAGAUAAUGGAACCCGUAUACCCAAAAACAGAACAGCCCAUUGAGUUGGCCGGACAGGUGCACGAGUUGCCGGAGCAACAGCACUUGUUGCAUGCAACACCAGCACCGCCCAGUUAUGAUCAGGCAACCUCAAUUCCCGCACAGACAACGGGACCGGGAGCAACGGCAAUUCCCGCUGUGACAACGGGACCCGGAACGGGUACAGCACAACACACGGUGAUUAUUGUGCCGGGCACUCCCUACGGUCCUGAACCCCAGGAUAUACAGUGUCCAUAUUGUCAUAAUUAUGCACGCACUCGUGUCAUGUAUAAACCCAAUUCACGGACACAUCUAAUUGCACUGCUGCUCUGCCUUUUCCAACUCUACUGCUGUGUCUGUCUGCCCUACUGCAUUUCCAGUUGCAUGAACACCAAUCAUUACUGUGGCAUGUGUGAUCGCUACCUGGGCACAUAUGCCCGCAGAUAAAGUCGCAGAUAACUCUGCAUUAAAAGUCACAUAUCGAGGCUACCAAAGGAAGUACGUUUAUCUGACGGAGCUUUAACUAAAAUUCGAACGAGAAAGAAAUACAAAAUAAUUGUAGAUAGAUAUACAAAAAUGCUGCUUAUGACAAAUACAGUGAAACCUGGCUAUGGUAAAUACGUUUGCAUCAAAAAAUCAAAAUACUUUAUGGAAAUUUUUUUACA